AAAUAUGUCAAAAUCAGUUUUUUUAUUGAUAUAAGAGACAAUAAUUGACAUUUGAAUUCGCACCGAAAUUAAGGACUGCAAAAGCAAAUACCUACGAUUUCCUCAAGUAUUAUUAUUGUCAAUGUUCCUAAUUUGAAAUCAUACAAUUUAUGCGUUUGUAAAAUCACAAUAAAAAUUAUUUAAGAUGAAUACAGAGAGUGUUAUUGGGGAUGGAGCUACUUCUGAGAAUGUGACACCAUUACUACCUAUAAAUCACCGUUUUUUGGAGCCUGAACGGGCGGUGAAAUCCAUAACUGAUAUGGCCAUUUGGGAAAAAUCUGAGGCCUAUAUGGAAUACACUGGAUUCAUUGCUACUUUAAAUGAAGCAAUAAAAAGUAAACCUUUGUCAGUUGACUGUAAAAUAUCAGAAAAUAUAAUAAAAUUUGGGCACAUGUUGGACCAAAUAAAUGAUUUAAUAAAUGAAUUCCCACCUAUUGAACAACCACAACGGUUUGGUAAUACUACAUUUCGUGACUGGUUGGCAAAAGUCAAAGUUAAUUCUACACAAUAUCUUCAAGAUGCUCUGGAUCCAAAACUGCAUUUAGCUAUACCAGAAAUUAAAAUAUAUUUGGAGGAAAGCUUUGGCAAUGCCACAAGGAUUGAUUAUGGAACAGGACAUGAAAUGGCGUUUAUUAUGUUUUUAUGUUGUCUUUACAAAAUUGGUUCCCUCCAGCACGACGAUCAUGUUGCAACUGUCUUCAUUUUGUUUAACAAAUAUCUCAAUAUUGCAAGAAAGUUGCAACAAACAUAUAGAAUGGAGCCAGCGGGAAGUCAUGGUGUUUGGAGUCUUGACGAUUAUCAAUUUGUACCUUUCAUAUGGGGCAGUUCCCAGCUGAUUGACCAACCGAGGAUAUAUCCGCCAGCUAAAUUCCUAGAAGAUGAUAUUAUUGAGAAAUUUUCUGAUGAUUAUAUGUUUUUAUCCUGUAUUAAGUAUAUAAAAGAAGUUAAAAAAGGACCAUUUGCAGAGCAUUCUAAUCAAUUGUGGAGCAUCAGUGCUGUUGGUUCUUGGGCUAAAAUAAAUCAAGGUCUGAUUAAAAUGUAUAAAAAGGAGGUACUCGCCAAGUUUCCUGUUAUACAGCAUGUAUUGUUUGGAUCUCUUUUGCCCAUACGUAGAUUCCCUAUCCAACAUUAAUGAUAAAUAAAAGCCAUUGUUGUAUUCUAUUUUUAAUUUAUUUACUAUAUCUUAUGUUAUUUAUAUUCAGUAUUAUAAUACAUGUAUUGAUUUGAUUUCAAUUUGAAUCAAAUUUUGUAAUGAAAAUGUGAUAUUAUUAUAAUUUCAAUUUAGAUAUAAUUGAAAUUGGUAUUGGUUAAGUCUAAAACUUGAAAUGAAGAUAUUUCCUAUAUGAUUGUAGAAUCAGGUUUUACUUUUUACCUUCAUAUUACUACUAUGUAAAGAUGAAUGAGUUGUAGGAUUGUUACUUUGUAAUAAAAUUCUAAAGCAAA